AUGGCCCAGUUUCUCGGAAAAAGCAGUCGUUUUAACCAAACAAAAGGAAACACUUCGAAACAAGGAGUGGACCCAGCCUGGGAGCCGAAAGGUGUAAAAAUAAAUUACUCUGGGAAUGAGUCUGUGCACAGUGUGGAUUUGAGAACACUGCCCGGUUAUUUCCAGUGGCUGCACCUCUCGGGACAAGUUCCCGGUUUUGCGCAUCUGAAACAUACAGGACUCGUGGCUUCAGUGGAGUCGGUGAUUAGUUGUGUUUGUCGGUGUCUCGUUCGGCUGUCGGUGUUCUUGGUCCAGAAAGGCUCAUACUUGGAAGCUCUUUGUUCAGGUUCUUCCUGUGGUAGGAUCAGGUCUGGCAGUCGUACUGAUUAUGGGCCCCGUUAUCUCUGCGCCAAGUGUGUAGUUUUUGUGGUGCUCGUGAUGAUCUCGUCUGAGGUGAAUUGGUUUUCCAAUGAUGAAUCACGACCCACUAUUUCAGACCACAUCUUGAAAAGUGUACCUACUGACAAGCAGUUAAACCAGCUUUCCAGCCACUUGGGACCAGAAUGGGAGCAAGUGAUGGUGGAUCUUGGACUGAAGGAGCCAGAUCUUUAUCGGUGUAAAAUGAACCACCUAUACAAUCUCCAGGCACAGGUCUUUGCUGCCUUUGUCCUGUGGAGAAAGCGUUUUGGGACACGUGCAACUGUGCAGCAUUUGACCAACAGUCUGAUUUUAGCUGACGCAGACCCUGGAUUGAUAGCUAAAAUAUUUCAGGAUGACCGUUGACCAUCUAAAUGCUCAAUCGCAUGUCACUUCUGCAGUUUGUGUCCACUCUGAGUUGUAGAGACGCCUGGAGAAGACAGUUCCUCCUUCAGCCUUUCAAAUGGAGGGAGGAGAGACAUUAUUUUGGGAGAGAAAUAAUUCAGAAUGUAGGGUUAAGGUGUACAAUUUUUCUGCAAUGUAGCAUAAUUUUUUUGGUUGCCAUCUUCAACAAUCAUUUAAAACUGUGUAAAAUAGAGAAACAAUCAUGACAAAUUUUCAAAGAAUUACACCUCUUUCCAUGAUCUUUUGUUGCGGCUUUGAGCCUCUUAGUAAGAUUCACAUGGUAGAUAUGCCUUUAUACAAUUGUUGUUUUUGUGCUUACAAUUAUGGGUGAACCUUUUCCUACUGAAACAGUGGUGGGAAAACAGAGUAUGGAAUAUUUUAUAAGGUCAUCAAUCUAGGAAGCCUUUAAGGAGAAGAUAAAUAAAUACAGGAGGGAGAAAGGAAUAGAAGAAUAUGCUGAUUCUUGUUACAAUUGUGUGGGGUUUGGUGAGGCCUCUUCUGGAGCACUGAGCCCAGUUCUGGCUGCGUAGUUAUAGGAAGGAUAUUAUCAAGCUAGAGAGGUUCAGAAGAGGUUUACCAGGAUCUUACCAGGUAUGGAAGAUUUGAGUUACAAAGAAAGGCUGGAUAGGCUGGAACUUUAUUCACCGGAGCGUAGGAAGUUGAGAGGUGACAUUACGGAAGUUUAUAAAGUCAGUAGGGGUUUAGAUGGGGUCAGUAGUAGAUCUGUUUUCCCUAGAUGGGAAAUUUCAGACUAGAGGGCAUAUUCUUGAGGAGAGAGGUUUAAAAAAGACAAGAGGGAAUUUUUUUUACACUGAGGGUGGUUCGCAUGUGGAAUGAAAUUCCUGAAGAAGUGAUGUAGGCAACAGUUACAACGUUUAAAAGACAAUGAAUAAGAAAGGUUUUAAGGGACAUGGGCCAGAAACAGGCAGGUGGGACUAGUUUAGUUUGGGACUGUGUUUGGCAUAGACUGGUAGGACUGAAGGGCCUGUUUACAUGCUGUUUGACUCUAUGGUGUAUUAAAGGAAGGGUAUGCUUGCAUUGGAGGGAGUGCGGGGAAAGCUGCUUGUGUAAGAGGAUUCUCCUCUGAUGAGAGUGAGCGAGUAAAUUGGGUCUAUAUUCUCGAGUUAAGAAGAAUGAAGAGAUAAUUUCAUUGAAGUAUACAAGAUUUUGAAAGGGCUUGAUAGGGUGGAUAUUCAGAGGUUAUAUCCUCCUGGCUAGGGAAUCUAGAACAUGGAAGCAGCCUCUGGAUAAAGGAGAAUGAUCGCUUAGGACAAAGAGGAGAACAAAUUUCUUCACUGGGAGCAUUGUGAACCUUUGGAAUUCUGACCUCAGUAGAUUGCGAAUACUUCAUCAGUUGUGUAUAUUUAAAGCUGAGAUUCUAGAUUUAUGUUAUCUUAGGGAAUCGAGAUAUCUGGGCUCUAAGCAAGAUGUGGAGUUGAGGCAGAAGGUCAGCCAUGAGCUUACUGAAUGGCAGAGCUAACAGUCUACUUCUGCUCCCAUUUAUUGUGUUCGGAUAGGAUUUAAUGAAAGGAGAGGCUCAUUGGUGGAAUAACCACACCGGUGAGUUUGGCCAAACGGCCAGAUUCCGAGCUGACAAUUCUGCAAUUCCAUUUGAAACUAUUCUGUCCAGUUGAUCAAAGUGCAAAGAAGUUUUAGAAUAUAAUUAUCUUCAGUGUUUUUACAUAAACAUGUCCAAGACUGCAGAAUGAGAUGUUUUAUCUUUGGCAGGCACUUUCCUUGUGAAAUAAAGAUGGGAUCUCUCAAUCUGGCUCCUAUUACACACUGGUUUGGCAAUAUAUGAUAAUGCACAUUGUGAAUAAUGUUAUUCAUUCAGACAUAUGUUUUGAAAAACA